UGCUAUUAAUCGUUAAAUACUUACAAACAAUGUAUACAUAAUGUACUUGAACUAACAUAAUUUUUUAGCACGUGAACCCCAAUCAGUGAAUAGCGUUCAGAUGUUUGAGUACAACGCCUGACUCAACGGCUUCCUUUCGUAUCUAUCAUGAUUGAUCCUAGUUCUAGUGAGGAAGAGGGCGAAGAAGAUCCCAUAGUAAAUGUGUCAACUAAAAGCCGUCUUGCAGUACCGCCUAAGUCUGCGGGAGGCAUUACUGUAGCAAGUGGUACUUCAAGUCCCGCGGUUGGAUCUAACAUUCCCGUAUCUGGAUCUAACGGUGAUUUUGAUGGAAACCAUAGGGCAUCUAAUGCCAUUGCUGUUGUAAAUCGAACUGAUGUUGGAAAUGUUGGUGUCGGGGGGGCAAUGGUCCCAGGCCCAUCAAAAAAUGACCAAGUACAUGGUAAUCGCGCCGAAGGGGGUAACCUUGAGGUUCCAAACAACGGCAUUCCCAGUGGUGUUUCGCAAGAAACAUUAAAUCAGAGCAUCGGAUCGUCGAGGGCCAACUCACUGCCACGACCUGUGUCACCAUCACCAUCUGUUAACAGCGAUAAGCCUGAAACAGGAGACCCACAUGAUAAACAUGAACGCGAGGAGGAAGAACGCAAACGCCGAAUUCAGCUGUACGUAUUUAUAUCACGAUGUAUUUCGUAUCCGUUUAAUGCUAAACAGCCUACGGAUAUGACAAAACGGCAACCAAAAAUUACGAAACAACAAUUAGAGAUAAUUACCCAACGAUUCCAGUCAUUUCUUAAGGGAGAAACACAAAUAAUGGCGGACGAGGCAUUUCAAAAUGCUGUACAGAGUUACCAUGAUGUGUUUUUAAAGUCGGAGCGUGUUCUAAAAAUGGUUCAAUCCGGAGCAUCUUCGCAGCACGAUUUUCGAGAAGUAUUCCGCAAUAAUAUUGAGAAACGUGUGAGAUCUUUACCAGAGAUAGAUGGGCUGAGUAAAGAAACGGUUUUAACUUCUUGGAUGGCAAAAUUUGACAUUAUAUUAAAGGGCAGUGGCGAAGAGGAUUCAAAAAGACCGUCACGCAUGCAGCAGUCCCUAAACAGCGAGUUAAUUCUUUCUAAGGAGCAAUUGUACGACAUGUUUCAGCAAAUAUUGUCUGUAAAAAAAUUUGAGCAUCAAAUUCUGUUUAACGCCUUGAUGUUGGAUUCGGCAGAUGAACAAGCAGCAGCAAUACGUCGGGAAUUGGAUGGACGAAUGCAACGGGUUGGAGAAAUGGAAAAAAAUCGUAAACUUAUGCCCAAAUUUGUUCUCAAAGAAAUGGAGUCUCUUUAUAUUGAGGAGUUAAAGUCAUCUAUAAAUUUAUUAAUGGCAAAUCUUGAGUCACUUCCAGUAUCGAAAGGUAAUAUGGACAGUAAAUAUGGACUACAAAAGUUAAAACGCUAUAACCAUAGUACACCGUCAUUUUUGAAACUGAUAUUGCGCUCCCAUGGCUCUCUAUCUAAACUGGAGGGCGACUCAGAAGAUGGUUCUACACAAUUAACAAAGUUAGACGUUGUACUUACCUUUCAACUAGAAGUCAUUGUAAUGGAAGUUAAGGGUCUUAAAUCGCUUGCUCCUAAUCGUAUUGUUUAUUGCACGAUGGAAGUUGAGAAUGGCGAAAAGCUUCAAACGGACCAAGCAGAGGCAUCAAAACCAAUGUGGGACACUCAAGGCGAUUUUACUACUACACAUCCAUUACCUGUUGUCAAAGUGAAGCUUUAUACAGAAAACCCUGGAAUGUUGGCGUUAGAGGAUAAAGAAUUGGGGAAAGUAACCCUGAGACCUACUCCACUGUCAUCCAAAUCACCAGAAUGGCACCGUAUGAUUAUACCAAAGAAUUUGCCAGAUCAAGAUAUACGUAUUAAAAUAGCAUGCAGACUCGAUAAACCAUUAAAUAUGAAACAUUGUGGGCAUCUUUAUGCAAUUGGCAAAUCUGUUUGGAAAAAGUGGAAGCGACGCUAUUUUGUGUUAGUUCAAGUUUCCCAGUACACAUUUGCAAUGUGUAGUUACAAAGAGAAAAAAUCAGAGCCGUCUGAGAUGAUGCAGCUUGAUGGAUAUACGGUAGAUUACAUCGAGGCAGCUAGCGCUAAUCUUAUGUUCGGCAUCGAUUUAAAUGGUGGUCGUUAUUUCUUUAAUGCUGUUCGCGAGGGUGAUAGCAUAUCAUUUGCUUGCGAUGAUGAGAACGAGUGUAGCCUGUGGGUUAUGGCAAUGUACAGGGCCACCGGCCAAUCUCAUAAACCUACGCCACCGAUCACUCAGGAUAAAAAUUCAGCUAUGUCGAAAAUACAAGGUGAUGCAGAUAAAGCACGAAAGCAUGGCAUGGAGGAUUAUAUAAGUGCUGAUCCUUGUACAUAUGACCAUGCUACGCUUUUUAAAACUUUACAAAACUUAACGCUUGAAUAUCGGCUUAACGAUCCGUACGCAUCUCUGGGAUGGUUUAGUCCUGGUCAAGUUUUUGUUUUAGAUGAAUAUUGCGCACGCUAUGGAGUACGCGGAUGCUAUAGACACUUAUGUUAUCUUUCUGACCUAUUGGAUCGGGCUGAAAAACAGCACAUGAUAGACCCGACGCUUAUUCACUAUUCAUUUGCAUUUUGCGCUAGUCAUGUCCACGGAAAUAGACCUGAUGGAGUGGGAAGCAUUACUCACGAAGAGAAAGAGAAGUUUGCCGAGAUCAAAGAACGCCUACGUCAGUUACUCGAGUUUCAAAUAACCAAUUUUAGAUAUUGCUUUCCUUUUGGUCGUCCCGAAGGUGCAUUAAAAGCAACAUUAUCCCUAUUAGAGAGAGUAUUGAUGAAAGAUAUAGUCACCCCGGUUCCACCUGAAGAGGUUCGACAAAUGAUUAAAAAAAGCUUAGAGACAGCUGCUCUUGUAAAUUACACACGACUCUCUAAUAAAGCAAAAAUUGAAGAUGAUUUGCGUGGAGAAAUUAUUGUACCGCCACCAAAAAAACUAGAAGACUUAAUUCACCUAGCCGAACUUUGCGUUGAUUUGCUACAACAAAACGAAGAACAUUAUGGAGAACUGCGCAGACAUGAUAAAGUGGAAAAAAUUAAAACGCGUAAGGAAGAUGGCGAUGUUUCAGGAGAACACAAUAUCAGCGAACUUGGUUCCGCCGCCAGUCAUGGAAUCAUUGGCAAAACUGAACAGGCAAUAGCUGCAGGGACUUCCACUGAUGGAUCAUCAUUUCGUUACUGUAUGCCAACACACGCGGUCUACACAUCGCCAGUACCAACGGCAUUUGCUUGGUUUAGCGACCUGCUGGUCGAACAUGCGGAAAUAUUUUGGUCUCUUUUCGCAGUUGACAUGGACCGAGUUUUAUCCGAGCAAGCUCCUGAUACAUGGGAUUCGUUUCCUUUAUUUCAAAUUCUUAAUGAUUAUUUAAGGGCAGAUGAUAACUUGCGCAAUGGUCGCUAUCAUCAACACCUUCGCGACACUUUUGCACCAUUAGUUGUGCGAUAUGUGGAUCUUAUGGAAUCUUCAAUAGCCCAAUCGAUACAUAAAGGAUUUGAAAAAGAACGCUGGGAGAGCAAAGGGAUUAACGCUGCUUUGAACCCUGCAGCAUUAAACAAUGCAGCCCAGGCGCUCAAUACAGCGGCCCUCAACCCAUCAACGCUACUUAGCGGCAAGAAAGAUCAAGUAAAUUUUUAUGUGCCGAAGCUACCAAGGCAAUCAGUUGCAACAGCCGCCGUCGACGAUAUGAGAAAUGGGUGUGCUACUUCCGAGGAUCUCUUUUGGAAGCUAGACGCACUACAGUCCUUCAUAAGGGAUCUGCACUGGCCAGAUGCUGAGUUUCGACAACAUUUAGAACAGCGGUUAAAAAUGAUGGCAGUUGAUAUGAUUGAGCAGUGCAUACAACGAACUGAUUCGUCUUUUCAGUCAUGGCUGAAAAAAAAUGUUGCUUUCAUAUCAACGGACUAUAUUAUACCAUCCGAGAUGUGCGCUAUGGUUAAUGUGAUAUUAGAUGCUAAAAAUCAAAGCUUUAAACUGACGACUAUUGAUGGCAUUGACUUGUAUAAAUUCCAUGCAAAAAUCGACGACCAAAUCGACAAAGCGAAUGUAGCGAUGACACAAGGGCUAAGUGGUAAACUUAUGUCAGUGCUAGAGUCGACUUUGUCAAAAUUAGCUCGAUACGACGAAGGAAGCUUGAUUGGUUCAAUUCUCAGUUUCACAAAUGUUUCGAGCUCUGGAAAGGACCUGGGACAGGGCUAUGUGAAUUUCUUACGGAAUAACAUGGACCAGAUACGUGGGAAAAUUGGUGACGAUUUAUGGACACUAAAUUUUUUCGAGCAAUGGUAUACACAGCAAGUUAUUAUGCUCAAUAAUUGGCUGUCGGAACGUUCGGAUAAUGCCCUGCAUUAUGCACAAGUCUCAUCUAUAUCUCAUAUUAUCAAGAAAAUAUAUUCCGACUUUGAACUGCAAGGUGUUUUGGAAGACAAGCUAAAUUCGAAAGCUUAUCAGACGGUGUCUGUUCGUAUGGCUACUGAAGAAGCAACUUGCUCUCUAACAAUGCCCGAAGUCGCCGAAGGAGAUGAGGCCUGUGAUGAUAUUCGAGAAGCGGAUGAGGAAGACACUGGCGAAGAAUCCAAUAUGCCUAGGGGCUUACCCAAAUCAAAAGUAGCUGCCGCUCAAGCUGCUGCUGUCACCAAUGUUGUUGCUGGACGCGUUGGAAAUUUGUUGGGAAAAGGUAUCGGCGGACUAAGCUCGAAGUUGGGAAGCGGAAGCUGGUUUUAA